AUCAAAAAUGAAUUUACGAUUGGAAUAUGAUUGGAUAACAUAUAUAUGUAUAUUCUUCACUGUGAAUUUUAUAAAGAAGGAUUAAAAAAAUGAAUGAAAACCAGAACUCAAAUGUUGGUCAAAAUGGGAAAGAAGAAAAGCCUCAAAGUUCUGGUGUGAGCGGCACUCAAGGGAAUCAACAAAGUAGUAGCAGCAGUGGACAAACUGGUACUUCAUCAUCGAGUGGAACUGCAAAUACUGUUUCCAGUGCUGAAACAGUGCCAACACAGGAACCAGCCUCUGUGUCAGAUGAAGGUGCAGAUGUAGAUGAGCCUCCAUGGGGUGUUUUAUAUCCAAUUGAUAGAUGCUUUUAUCCUUUUGACCUACGGGAAGAUAUAUAUACAUUUGGUCGAGGACAGGAUUGUACUUAUACAUUUGAUAUUCCUUCAAUAAAACAGACACAACAUUUUACCACAUAUAGCAAAAAACAUUUCACAAUCACAAGGACAAAAAGUAACACAGGCACGUACACUGUUAUGUUGGAUGACUCCAGCAUGAACGGAGUUUUUAUCAACGGAGAAAAAAUUCCCAAGAGAGGUUCCAGACCACUCUGUGAUAAAGAUGAAAUAUCAAUUAGUUCUGAUAAAAAUAGAGUUUUGUUAUUCUUUGAUAAAAGCAAAGAAGAAGAUCCCAAUCUUCCUCAAAAAUUUAAAGAGAAAUAUAUCAUGCAGAAAGUUAUUGGCAAUGGUGCCUUUGGUGAAGUAAGAGAAGCUAUGCAAAAAUUUGGUGGUUAUGGAAGACAUGCAGUAAAAAUAAUAAACAAACAAAAAACUGUAUUUCAUGGAAGAGAUCCAGGCAAAAUCAAUGAAGAUGUACUGAAAGAAGCCAGACUACUUCUUGCCCUACGCCAUCCGUGUAUUAUAAGAGUGGAUGACGUCAUUGAUUCUCCUCAAAAUCUAUACAUCGUACUUGAACUAGCCUGUGGAGGAGAGCUCUUUACUAGAAUUAUUGAAAGAGGGAAAGGUUUUGAUGAACCAGUUGCAAAAUUAUUAUUUUUUCAAAUGUUAUCCGCUGUAUCUUAUUUACAUGAUAACAAUGUAACACAUAGAGAUUUGAAACCUGAGAAUAUAUUAAUGAUGUCUGAUGAUGAAGAAUGUCUCAUUCAGAUUACAGAUUUUGGUGUUUCAAGGCUCGUGGGUGAAGCUUCCAUGAUGAAAACACAGGCUGGUACUCCUUCCUAUCUUGCUCCAGAAUUAGUUAAAUCAUUCAGAAGUUCUACUAAUGAAGGAUAUACUAGACAAGUCGAUAGUUGGAGUCUUGGUGUAAUUCUAUAUGUCUGUUUGGUUGCUUAUCCUCCAUUUUCAAGAGAUCGCCAAGAUACAAAGCAAGGACUUCUGCAGCAGAUAACAACUGCAUAUUAUAAUUUUGAUAAUGAUAGAUGGAAAAGCGUAUCAGAUAAUGCAAUUUCUAUGAUAAAAGGUCUCCUAACAAUUGAUGCGAAAAAGAGAUUGACGCCAAAACAAGGUCUGGAUCAUGUAUGGUUGAAGGAUGAUGUUAUGCGGAAAAAAGCACAUGCUUUGAUGUCUAGUACAAUUAUCAACAGUCCUUCAGCAAAUCAUAGUUUAAUAAAUAAAAUCCAGAAAGACAAUGAGCUGAUUGGUACUGACGGAAUCAGCAUUGCUGUACAGGAAAAAGAAGUUAGUUCCAGCAGCACGAAAUCUGCUUGCAUAUCGGAAGAAAGAAGAACGGGGAAGCGACAUCUUCCGUCUGAUACUUCUGGGGAAAGCAACUCAAGUAAUGGUGACGGAGAUGCUUUACAUUUGAAGGAAAAGCAUUUUGCAGGGACCUCAGCUGCUGAACCUGAUACACCAAAGUUGCACAACCCACCUCACUUUGAUAAAAAAUGAUUAUUGCUACAGUAGUACAUAAGGAUUGAAUUUAUCUUGUUCACAUGAAGGUGACUGAUUACUGUUGGUUCUAAUCCUGAGCAAAAUACUAUGUCAGGGUAACUGCAGUUCUGUGUAAUUGGAGAAAUGUUUUCAUCUGAACCCAAACCCAAGCAAUUUGACUUUUCAUUUUGAUAUUUGCAUUCCAUUUGUUGAUCGCAAGCGAUGAACUUUUUUAAUUUGGCUAAUUUAGCAUUAACCUACCUUAUUCUAUAUUUUUAGAAAUCUUUUACUGGUUGGAGAUCCUGAGCUUUGACUUUGUUGAACUCGAAUUUGUAUCCGCAUGCACAAAAAAGCAGGUUUAAGCUAACAGUGUUUUUAUUAUGGCUAGAUUGGCAAUAAAUAACCUUAAUUUGUGUAUUUGAGAAUCUUCAACUGGUAGGGGAUUUCAAGCCACUGACCCUGUGAAAUGUGAAAAGAUUUCAGGGCUCAGAUGAAAUGCAGUGGGAUGUAGUUGUACAGUAUGGUUAUGUAAGAACGCGAAAUUUCACCAAUUUAUUGCAUGCCAAUUGCCGACAAAGUCAUUGUCUGCUCAUGACACAAGCGGAUGAUACACUCUUGUAUUUUUUUUUUUUCUAAUUUACUUUCGUUUUGAACUUUUAGUAACAGAAUCAAACUUUUUUGAAUAAUAAUAAUGUUCCACUAACACGUUUCACUCUUCUUGUACACUGCCAUUUUGUCACUUUUUCAUCAGUGCUAAUUCAUUGGUGCUUUUCCAGAGUAGUGGUGAGAUGAUGUUGGAAGAAUUCAGUUUUCAAUUCAAGUUUUGUAUUUUUAUUUUAAAUCAUUUAACUGUGAAUUCGGCGUCUGUGAUUCACAUGAAGAAACAGUUUGAAAUAUUUUGAAUUCAAAUUAUGGGAAGAGAAUCGUUAUAAGUAACAAUAUUCCUUUUUUGAUAUACUAACGGUAACAGUCAUUAUUAUGGAAGGGUGUUUCUACCUUCAGGUAAUAUCGAAAUGAAGCCAAAGGAUGAUCUGACAAUUGUAAAAAAUUAUUGUGAUUGUAUACCGUAAAUUUCUCUCAGCAAAGCGAUUUUACAUCUGAAAAGUUUGCCAAACAUUUUUACCUGAUUACAUAUCUAUUAUUUCUCAUGUCUAUUGCUUUACCAUAAUAUCAUGAUGCUGUUCAUUCGUACAUUGUCUUUUAUUUCUCAAUGAAAUCAUUUCGGGUGUGCCAAUAUGUAAUUAUUUUUGUACGUUGGUCAUUUUAAUAAAAAAUAAAAAUGUUUUUGUAUGC